UCGAUGAUUUGUCGACGUUGUUUUACUACACGGAAGGUGGUCGUUUCCCCUUAAAAAAAAAAAGAAAAAACUACCCUUCAAACGCACAAUACGCAUGCGAAUAGCAUCAACAACAAUCAUUCAAUAUUCUCAUUACAUAAUUAACAUGAUUAAUUUAUUAAAAUAAACUAUAAUACUCAUUUGUGUGCAAAAAAAAAGAAAAAAACGAAACAAGAUGGUUAAAUUAAUUAUUCAAUUAUUCAUAAAUUUUAUUAUUUUGCAGUUGCGCAGAGUAUGUAUCAUUGAAUGACGUACAGAAGAUAAAAAUUUCUAUCCCUUCUCUAGUCCAAUAUUGCAACCCCUAUUAUCAAAUAAAUAGAAAAAAUUCUUGCAGUAGGCCUUCACGAUCUAAGGGCUGAAAGACAUUUUGUAUAGAUAAAAUAAUUAUUAAAUUUAUAAUAUUAAAUUUAUUAUAAAUAAAUUAAAAAAUGAAUUAUUUAUUUAUUAUUUUAUAAGAAUGGUGAUAUUUAUUAUGUUUAAAUUAUUAAUUAAUAUUAAAUAAAUAUACGAGUAAGUGAUUAUAUUUUUUUUUUUAUUUCGACAGUGACGAGCAACAUACUCUCACUGUUUAAGUUAAUUUUUUUUAAAAUAGUUAAUUAAAAUAUGAUACACGUGUCAUCUGAAAACGCCCACAGGUACGAUCGUGUUAAGCGCAAAGGUGUUGCGUUUUUAUCUGGAUUUUUUAAAACUAAAAAAUUUGUCCUUGGAAUGAAGAUUGAUGAAGACGACAAAAUGGACAAAUCAGAAAGAAUUGAAACACCUGCAAGGGUGUCAAAUUGUAUUUCAACAUCAAGAAUACCCUCGAGUCUAGAUGUAGUAGUUGCUUCUGUAGCUUGUCAGCCUUCACCUUCACCCUCACAUUCAAUUUUAACUCUAACACCAGGAAGAACUCGUAACAUUGAUCAAGACAUGGAGGCACUACGACUAAGUCGACAAGACAAUCCUUUUCUUCAAAUAUUAGCCAGUCGUGAGAGCCUCGUUGAAUCCAUUGAAGAAUCUGAAUCAGACGAUGCAAUAUUAAUGUCACAGGAAUUGGGUGACACGGAUCCUCUGACCUUGGCACAAGUACAUGAGCAUCUUGUGCGUAGUCCACCACCCGCUUUUUGGCCUCAUACACAAACUUUUUCUUUCAAUACAACACCAACAAGUUCACCAAAUAAUACUGAUUUGAUAACACGAUACAAACAUUCAGCAAGUAGCCCUUCAAACAGUAGCUUUUAUCAAGAUCGUACAAAUGAUAUCAAUGAAUUAUCAAAAAGUGAACCAUCAAGUGACGUCAGAGGAGAUCGAUAUACACAGUUUUCACUUUUAAAUCCAACACCAAUUAAAACACUCUCAGAGGUAAGACGUUUACACAGAUCUAAUGAUGACAAUGUUCAACUAAUGUCAUCUGAAUAA